UUAAGAUGGCGUCCAUAGCUGGACGUUCGGUGGGUGUAUUAGAAAGGACUUUGUUUUUAGGCCCGCGAAUACCUAAUGAAGUAAAAGUUUUAGGAAAUAAUCUGUUAUCAGUGGACAGAAAAAUCUUCAGGUCGCUUCUAAAAUUGUUAGUUGCUCACUUUGAAGGGAAAACUGUGAGAGAAGAAGAAUACCAGAACAUCAGAAGUUCAGUAACAAAUGGAAACCAGAUUGAUUUAAUUUACAGUGGGCUAUAUGCUCUCUUAAGAGCUGCUCUUAAGUUUCCUGAAUCAGGACUGAAAAAAGAGGUGUUUAAAGAGGAUCUUCGAGAACUCAAGAUUGCAGAUGAUCAUAUAACAGAUCUGGUCAGCAUUGUGUUUGGAUCAAGGAGAUGUUUCCUUGAAAAAGCAUGCAUUGAGAAUGCACCUCACUUUCCUCAUUUGCAACAGUGUCGCUGGAGAGUUGAUGUUGCCAUAUCAACAAGUUCUUUGAAUCGUGUACUGGAACCGUCAGUAUUAAUGAAGAUAGACACCAGUGAUGGAAAAGAACAUACAUUCGAGAUGCAACCCGCUAAGUUUCAUGAGCUUCGGUUUGCAGUAGCUAGUUUAUUAAAAGAAAUGGAAGACAUGGAGAAAAGGAACGUGAUGAAGGCUCCUGUGUGAUGAUCAGUCAUCUUUAAUUAUUAGAAUUUUUAAGAUGUGUAUCGUGUUCUCAUUAAGUGGAGGAUGCUGAACAAGUAUUACAUUAUUUUUUGUUUUUUUUUAGUUUUAUUAAUCAGUUUAAUACCUUUAGGUUGGGGAAGUUGAUUUAUGAUCAUUUUCAAGAUAUUUAUUCCACUUUAAUAAGAAAUGUAAAAUAGAUCAAUUUUUCUAACUGUAAUGUACAGAAAAACAAAACUGCUAGUUACUAAACACAAUUAUAAAACUUUUUUUCUCUCUCUCA